AUGGCCACAGCCGUGCAAAUAGUACAGUCCCCGGCUCCUGCCACCGGCAUCCUUGCCCACCCAGACGCCCCACGCCGCUCCCCUCGCCUCCAUGUCCACGCUAACAGCUCUCCCAAACCGUGUGCGAACCCCAGCGUAGACAGAUGCGGCCAAGGGCGAAGCAGAAGUCCACGGCGACGCGUCAGCGCCAGUCAGCAUGGCAGCAGCAUGGACCCUUGCGCAGACGACAGUGUGACCGCUGCGAAAAUGACCGAAUCGAGCCCAGUGCCUCUCAAGACCCCGGCUGAGCCUGUUCUAACAUCGAGAUCCCCUCCUUCGCAGGUAUCGCGGAAACGACGUCGUGGGUCCGAUCCCAACGAUCGUGCGACCGCGACCAUCUCCUCCUCCCCCACACCUGCCACUUCCCCCAAAUCCGUCCCACUCGAGGACACUACGCCUGAACCCUCUUCCCCGCGCGCCCUCCGUGCCCUCAAGCGGCGACGAUUGUCGUCCUCGGCCCAUUCGCCACCAGUCGCCAUCGAUGAACCCCGCGCACUGAUAGGGGCAGGCCCAGCGCAAGGGACGCAGACUGGUCUUGGCAAUGCUGAGAGGUCGGGUCCAAAUCUUAAUCUGAAUCUCAGCCCCUCGUCCGACAAAGUCGAUCGCGAUCUCCCGCUCACGCCCAUUCCUGCGGACGCCGCAGGAACAUUGGAGAACCCUAUCCCAAUUUGGCAAGAGGAGACGCGAGGUCACUCGGAUAUCGGUCACCACACUGUUUCGGCUGUCGCACAAGACACUCACACCGCCGUGCCGGUACCAGUUCCCAACAGAGACGCCCCUGCGCUUGAUGCUACCCUUCCUGCUGCGCGAGAAUUGGAAACGCCUGCCGUUCUGAACGAUACCCCCAUCACCGUUGAUACCAUCUCUGAUACCAAUGUCAAUGUUCUCCCUGACUUAACAAACCGGGAGCUUCUCGCGCCUCCGCCAGUGGUCCGCCCUGUCAACCCGAUACCCGUUCCAGCACCUCCUCCGGCGCCCGUCUCAAUACCGUUCCGAUGGCGCAUUGCCCCAUCCCCGCUCUCCCAGCCGCCGAUCACUGCCUCCGAUAUGGACGGCGUGGGUGACGCCGACGUCUCGGAUGAUGCCAUGCUAUCAGACGACAUGCCCGCCCCGGGUUUCAAGUCGCUGAUCAUCCACCGGCGUCCCCGCCGAACGGAAACGGUCGACAUGAACGUCUGGAAACUGGCCUGCCAGGAGCGCGUCGCAUGCCUGGUGCGACGAUACACCCGCGAGAUCGUGCAGGCCGUCGUGGCCGCGCAGGCCGAGCACUACUUCUACCGCCCGACCGAGUUCCAGCACUAUACCCCCGACAGCUACUCCGCAGAGGCCGGCCCCGACGCGAUGGACACGGAGGAGAGCAAGACGUCCGGAGACGAGUACGACGACGACUCGGACGACGACGACAUGGCCGUGGACACGGACGAGGAGGCGCCGCAGGGCUGUGACGUCAUGCACGUCGACCUCACCGAGCAGCCGGCGCCCCCGUCCCCGAUGGCGAGCGGCGAGCCCGCGGUCGCAGCGGACCAGGCAAUCCCGCCCGUCGCGACGCCCUACGCAUUCGCGAUGGCGUACUGGCUGCCGCCGCUGUCCUCCAUCCGCGUCCCGUGGCUCGAGCCGUGCACGUUCCUGACGCCCGAGGGCAAGGCGUACAUGGGCCGCGGCACGCCCGUCGACCGCCAGCGCCGCGCGGGGUGGGCCGCCGCGCCCCCCGCGAGCCCGAGCGCGCCGCCGCCGGACUACAACUGUGGCGAGGGCUGGAACGCGCUCGGCGCAGGCGGGGAGAGUGGCAUUUGGGGUUGGAGGGGGAAGUACGUCGUGCCGUGGUAUUGGACGGCGCCGGAGAAUGCGUUGUCGAUUGGGCUCGGAGGCCGCAUGCUCGGCGUGGACUCGAGCGAGGUGGGCAGGACGGGCACCUUGGGUAUGAUUGGCUCCGGGUGCUUGAAGGGACACAGCGCGCCCAUCGGACAGUUCGGCCACGCCAGGCAGGGUGUAGGCGCAAUCCUUGACGUGACACAGGCCCUGGACGUAGGCCCAACAGUGACUAUGCUUGGUCGCUGCCUUGCUACGGCUGUCGGGGCCACUUCCAUUAGUCUUCGGAAGCCCCCCGGGAAAGCGGGCGUCUUGGAGGGCGAUCUCCGCUAG